UAAAUAAUUUCCUAAUUCUCAUAUACAUUUUUCAUUUAAUUUACAAUGCAAUUAUCGAACAGAAAUCGAUAUGCUGAGGAACUCAAAAGACGAGCAAUUGCUCGACAGCGGUUUCGAAAAAUUGUGCGCUGCGUAAUUUUGAAUCGUUCUUGGUUAACUGAUGUCGGAGAGGAAAAGCUAUCGCUCAACGUUAAGAAAAAUAUAGCAUUGUUGAUACGUCCGAAGCAAAAAAUUGGUCUUCUGAAUUUAGAGGAGAAAUCAUUAAUACGAACAGAUGAAAAAUUGCGCACCACUGCAGAAAGGAAACGCUUGGUGUCAUUGAUGACUGGUUUAAAAUGCUUUUCAAAAUUGCCUCCGAAAACUCGAGCUCGGCUAGCAAAAUAUAUCAAAUUUAUGGUUAUUAACCCUAGCCGUGUGCUGAUCAAACAGGGAGAUAUGCCCCAAAUGGUAUAUUUUAUACUAACUGGCGAAGUGGAAGUAAGCAAAAAUACCUUUAAUCCGAUAACAAACACCUGGAGCAACCUCAUAGUUCGGAUAAGUGGGCCCGGUGAAUGUAUUGGAGAUAUAGAAAUGCUUGAAAAUUGCCCUCGCUUGAAUACAUAUUCAACAGGAAAUGUUGUUGAACUAUUGGUAGUAUUUCACGAGGAUUUCGAGCGCAUACUGCGUCCCGUUAUGGAAAAGGAAUGGUUGGAAAAGAGGCACUCCAUAGAAGCAUUGGACUAUUUCCAGUUUUUCACAAAGGACCAGGUAAUCGAUGCAUGUAAAUUGGGUAUCUUGCGACAAUUCGAGCCACUGCAAACGAUAUACUAUGAGGACGAGGGACAUCUAGGUUAUGUUUACUUUGUUCUCAGCGGCGAAUGCAUGAUACUGCAGUGCCUGGAAGUUUUGACUGCACAAAGGAUCGGACAUACAUUUUACAAAUUAUCACCUGGAUUAAGUUCAGAGGAUGAAAUGAAAUCGGGCUAUGUCAAGAAAAAGCACUUUAUUGAUGUUGGAUCCAUAACAUUCGGAGGAAUAUUCGGACUUGGCGAAAAAAGUGAACGUCGCGUUAUAAUGGCACGGACAACUGUACAAUGUCUAAUGAUACCCAGAUUUUGGCUUUUUGAAAAAAUGCAAAAUCCCGGCAAUGUAUGGCAACGCAGGCGUUUUUAUCUGGAUUCAACUAUUCCAUCCCGGCAAUCGCUAUUCACCGAUUUUGUAUGUACGCGUCAAUGGAAGAAAUUCAAAAGCAAUACAAUUCAGAGCAAUUUAGUUCAUGCCUCCGUUUCAAAUCCAACCCGCAUACAAGAUGUUCCCAUAAUUUGCCAAAUAAUUGAAGACAACAUUUAGUCUGUACUUGUUGAUACAAUUUCAAUCGAAAUUCAAAAUUAAGUCGUUUUAAACAGAUAGAUUUCAGUUACAUCUUUAGAAAAUUUAAA